CUCUUUCUGACUCCGGCGGCGGACGGAGGCUUUCGGGACGGCGGCAGGGAAAUGGCGGCCCCCAGGGACCAUCCUGGGGCUUUGGAGAAGCAGGGGCGCGAGGGGAGACGAGGGGGCUCGGGAGUGGAAGUGGUGUUUCCUCCGGAUCCCGCCGCCCCCGCCCCGCUGUGCCCUCACGGACCCACUCUGCUGUUUGUCAAGGUGAUUCAGGGGAAGGAGGAAACACGGAGAUUUUAUGCCUGCUCGGCCUGCAGAGACAGGAAAGAUUGUAAUUUUUUCCAGUGGGAAGAUGAAAAGCUGUCACCUGCCCGACUUGCUGCCCGAGAAGCUCAUCACCGAAGAUUUCUGCCUCCCCUGUCCCGAACACAGUGUGUAGACAGGUACUUGAAGUUUAUUGCUCUGCCCUUGACUGAGAGGAAGUUUUGUCAAAGUUGUCAGCAGCUGCUGUUACUGGAGGAGUGGGAUAAGCACCGUGAGCAUCAGGUGCUGGGUGAUAUUUCUGUCUCCCAGUUACGAAGGCCCAGUCGACUCCUUUACCCACUAGAAAACAAGAAGACCAAUGCUCAGUACCUGUUUGCGGAGAGGAGCUGCCAGUUCUUGGUAGACCUGCUUUCUGCCCUCGGCUUCCAGCGAGUACUGUGUGUUGGAACACCUCGUUUGCAUGAGCUGAUCAGACUGACAGCAUCAGGUGACAACAAGUCCAACAUGAAAAGCCUUUUAUUGGAUAUCGAUUUUCGGUACUCACAGUUCUAUAUGGAAGAUAGCUUUUGCCAUUAUAACAUGUUUAAUCACCAUUUCUUUGAUGGAAAGGCCGCCCUUGACGUGUGCAGAGCCUUUUUACAGGACGGUAAUGGAGAAGGAGUCAUUAUGGUGACAGAUCCGCCUUUUGGUGGCUUGGUGGAACCUCUCGCUGUUACAUUCAAGAAGUUGAUUGCCAUGUGGAAAGAAGGUCAAAGCCAAGAUGAUGGUUACAAAGAACUACCCAUUUUCUGGAUAUUCCCCUAUUUCUUUGAAUCGCGAAUUUGUCAGUUUUUCCCCAGCUUCUCCAUGCUGGAUUAUCAGGUAGACUAUGACAAUCAUGCACUUUAUAAACAUGGAAAAACAGGUCGAAAGCAGUCUCCUGUGCGGAUUUUCACCAACAUCCCCCCCAGCAAAAUCAUCCUUCCCACAGAAGAGGGGUACAGAUUUUGUCCUCUGUGUCAACGAUAUGUUUCUGUUGAGAAUCAGCACUGUGAACACUGUAAUUCUUGCCCAUCCAAGGAUGGCAGGAAAUGGAACCAUUGCUUUCUCUGCAACAAGUGUGUGAAACCUUCCUGGAUCCACUGCAGCACUUGCAGUCACUGCGCUGUUCCAGAUCAUUCCUGCGAGGGCCCUAAAGACGGCUGCUUUAUUUGCGGUGAAUUAGAUCACAAACGUAGUAAUUGUCCUAAUAUCUCGGCAUCCAAGAGGGCUAACAAAGCUGUCAGAAAGCAGAAGCAAAGAAAAAGUAAUAAGAUGAAAAUGGAGACCACUAAAGGACAGACCAUGAAUCAUACAUCUGCUACAAGGAAAAAGAAAAGGAGGGAGAGAACCCAUCAAUAUCUUUGCUCUUAAAUGUCCAGUGCCUUGAGAAUAAGGAAGAUUUAUAGUCCAACCUUUGACGCCAUUUUCUGAAAGUGCCACCCUGGACUUAUAUGCAAUCACUUUGAAAAGGUAUGCACCUUUUGAGCUAGAAAACAGGUUGGUGGCAUUUGCUGAUUUAGCAUCUGUCCCCUCACCUGCCGGUCUGGAGACCUGGGGGCCUGCUGUGUCGUGAGCCGCUGCACUAGCACCCUCUACUUGUUCUUCGGCCUCUUCUGUCUGAGGAAUGGGCACACAGCAUGCUUUCUGCAGACUGCAUCAGGAGAAAAUGGAAUGAUAACCUUGAAGUUUGUUUACAUUAAACAAAGUCUAUCAAUUUAGAUGCACAAGCAUUUUGUGUUAACUAUUAAAUCAUGAUUUAAACCACAUUAUAAAGAAAGCUACAAUCUACAGUUAUUUUGAGACUGAAUCUGAAGAUGUCAGGAAGAAUUUUUACAAAAGUACUCUGAAGAUGUAAAGGUGAUGAUGGUAAUGGCUGUUGUUACAUAUUUAUUAAGAACUUUUGGAUGGUAUGAAAUCAAUUAAAUGUUGGAUGAGACGUUGAGAAUUA